AUGUCUUGUGAAAAAGCUCAAUUAGAUGCGUUAAUUCGUGCUAUUCUUCCAGACAAAAACUCUACAGCAGAAAUGCCCUAUAUUGCCAUCAACCUUACUCAUGACCGUUUCCUUGAAUGGUACACCAAAACGCUAGAAUAUUUUGCACAAACAGGAACAAACAGUCAUGGUGCCGGAUGCUUUAACGAAAUUCUGGAGUCUCAACUCAACGAUACCGAUAGUUGUACAACUCUUCACGAUCCAGACCCCUAUGAUACCGCAACAGGAAUAACAAUAACUGGAAAACUAGACUACUCCUCUUCAACCCUUGAGCUCGGAACUGUGGUCCCUGCUGCAAGACGUGAACUUGAUCUGCGAAUGUACGACGUCUUUAAACGCUAUGUCGAAAUGUCUGUGGCAGGAGAUUCCUCCAUUGCUGCCGUGGUAAGACUUCACCGGCCUUCUUCCGGUGCUCUCCGCUGUCGCAGUUUAUUAGCAUGGGUGGAGCGUCAUUCGGCAGCCCCACUGACAAAUUCCCCAUACGGAGGUCAUUUGGGUGGGUUUGACACUGGCAGAAGACUAGGCUCGGUGUCAUCGCUGGACUCAUUUUCUUCAUGCUCGCUAGGCGGUGUUCACUCUAGAAGAAGCGGAGGUGGAGACGGAGGCAGGAACGAAGUCAGAGGAAAAGACAGUGAUGAGCGUACAGCAGCUUUGACGGUUACGGUAAUGGGGGGAAGCACUGGGAGAAAUGGGAGAAAUAUUUGGCACCGGGUGGCAGGCCGGGUACAGGAGUGGAGCCGUGCGGCUGUGAGCAAGGUUUCUGGCAACAUGGCAGGCGCGGCUUCGCUUAUGACGAAGUUGCUUUUCUCUAUCAUUGUGGGGUUUGUGACGUUGAUUAUGGUUGUUUUUACAGUUAAAUUGGAGCAACUUCUUUGGACAAGUAUUCAGGCUUUGCCAACGAACCAGAAGGGCAAAGUAUUUGUGUUUAGUCUUUCACUUUUUAUUCAGCUAGCUCCUGUUGCUGUUGCAUUGUUUCUUGGGAUUAUACGGGGGACUGUACAUUCAUUUUCAGAAGGUGAUGGUCCUGUGUUUGUUGCGGCUGUGCUGAUGGUUUGUUUAUUUGUAAUUCCGUUGCUCCAGCUAGCCAUUUUUUACUUGUAUGGUAAGAUUUUUGAAGUCCCCAAGAAGUUUUUUAUGAGUUGA